CAUCUGAGCCCGCCGAAACGCGCCCCCGCGCCCCCCCUGCCCCACUCGCACCCAGCCCCGGCGCGGUUAGUCGGGGCAUUCUGGUGCGGUUGGGUUGGGUUUUUUUCUUCCCCCCCAAUCAUACUGUACGUGUCAGUUUCUCUCGUCACCUGCCACGGUUAACUUUCCUGUGACUCGGUUUAACUCUUGAGAUCUACGCGGAUGUUGCUCAGAGCACUUUUCUUGCCUUUGCUGCCCUUUGCUGGGAUCGGAUUUCGUGCUAACUGGACUCUCUGUGCCUGUGUGUGUGUUCUGAGUGUCUUGAAAUUUUGCUUUCCUUUACAAGAGCUGUGCACUAAUUGUAACCAAGACCUGUGAGGGACCAUAGGCUUGGCUUGACCUUGAUUUUGAUGGCUUUGUUGGAAGAUCUAACGAUGUGACUGCAUUUCCCGAAGUGAUCGCUCUCCAGCCUCUGUGGCUUAGGGUAUAAGCCACUUCUGCCACACUGUCACUCAUGGACAAUUCAGAUUUUUUUUAAACAAACCUUUUGGCUAUUUUUUCUUUUCACACUUCCCUUUUCCCCCCUGUACCUCCUUGAUGUUGGGAGCCUUAUUCUACACUUUGAUGUGAUUGAGAGUCCUGCUGCUUCCUGCUGCUGAUUUCUGUUUUAAAGUACAAUGGCUCUAAGUGGCAACUGCAGGACUUACCUUCCUUCUCGAGAGCAGGGGACUGGGCUGCACUCCUUCCCAGAGGUAGUGGAGCUAAACGUGGGCGGCCAGGUUUACUUCACUCGCCACUCCACCUUGGUUGGCACCCCUCACUCCCUGCUGUGGAAAAUGUUCACCCCAAAGAGAGACACAGCCAACGAUCUGGCCAAGGACUCCAAGGGAAGAUUCUUCAUCGACAGAGAUGGUUUCCUUUUCCGCUAUAUUCUGGACUAUCUCAGGGACAAGCAAGUGGUCCUGCCUGACCACUUCCCAGAGAAGGGAAGGCUCAAGAGGGAGGCUGAGUACUUCCAGCUCCCGGACUUGGUCAAACUCCUGACUCCUGAUGACAAACAAAGCCCUGAUGAUUAUUGCCACAGUGACUAUGAAGAGGUCUCCCAAGGCAGCGACACGAGAAUAUGCCCACCCUCAUCGCUCUUACCGCCUGAUCGGAAGUGGGGAUUCAUUACCAUUGGGUACCGGGGGUCCUGCACUAUUGGCAGGGAGAGCCAAGCAGAUGCCAAAUUCAGGAGGGUCCCGAGGAUUUUGGUUUGUGGAAGGAUUGCUCUGGUCAAAGAGGUCUUUGGAGAAAGUUUGAAUGAAAGCAGAGACCCAGACAGGGCUCCAGAAAGGUACACCUCCAGGUUUUAUCUCAAGUUCAAGCACCUGGAGAGGGCUUUCGACAUGUUGUCCGAGUGUGGAUUCCACAUGGUGGCCUGUAACUCCUCGGUGACGGCUUCCUUUGUCAACCAGUACACAGACGACAAGGUCUGGUCCAGCUACACUGAAUAUGUCUUCUACCGUGAGCCCUCCCGGUGGUCCUCGUCCCACUGCGACUGCUGCUGCAAGAACGGCAAAGGUGACAAGGAGGGAGAGAGCGGCACGUCGUGCAACGAGCUGUCGACGUCGAGCUGCGACAGCCAGUCGGAGGCCAGCUCCCCCCAGGAGACCGUCAUCUGCGGCCCUGUCACCCGCCAGCCCAACAUACAGACUCUGGACCGGCCGGCCAAGAAGGGGCCGGUGCAGCUGCUGCAGCAGUCCGAGAUCCGCAGGAAGAGCGACCUGCUCCGGACUCUCACCUCCGGCUCCAGGGAGUCCAACUCCAGCAAGAAAAAAGCGGUGAAGGAGAAGCUCUCCAUUGAGGAGGAGCUAGAAAAAUGUAUCCAGGAUUUCCUCAAGAUCAAAAUCCCAGACAGGUUUCCAGAAAGGAAACAUCCCUGGCAAUCCGAACUGCUGCGGAAGUACCACCUAUAGGCUCAGGGUGGGGAAAGCACACGACCUAUUACCAUUAGAGCAAGAUUCUAAGUGAUAUGAAAAUAAUUCCCGAUAAUAAUUAUUUGUUAGGUCACAAAAAAAAAAAAAAUCCAUCUCUAUAGUACUGCCUAAUUUGCCUAUUUCACCUUAACAUUUAUAGUCAUAGGGUAACGAUAUUUUUCCAGUGGUGGAAGCACAAUGACAAAUGCUUUUAUUUGUAAACUCUGAGUCUUACACAAGCUGAGUACCUUAAGGGCACAACCAGAGCGACCCCAAGAGCUGCUGGCGUGCGGGUGCCGGCGGGGAGCCGGCCGGGAGCAGGCGGUGCCCGGGCUGUCCCUGGGCUGCAUGCUGUCUGCCUUCCCCCUGCAGUGCGUUUGUUUGGAGGGAUGCACCCGCUCAAAGAAACAAGCUAUGCCAUGACAGUUUACCUUAAGCAUGUGUAUAUAUAUAUGUGCAUAUAUAUAUAUAUGUGUGUAUAUAUAUCUCUGUGUAUAUAUAUAUGUAUAUAUAUAUCAAUAUAUAUUGCUUAAAGAAUUUCUGGCUCUCUCCUUAUAACUGCACUUUCUCAGCAAAGAGCAUUUUUUAGCAGUCUGUGGAUGUUCUGUUUCUUCUUCAGGUCUUUGAGGGUUGAGCAGUAGAAAACCCAUCUCACUGUCUCUCUCCCCGCUCCCUCUCUCCCCCCUCCCCUUCUCUGAGACACUGUAAAUCCAUUUCAGUGGAGCCCAGGGAACAGCGUGUGGGUCUUUGUUGCCGUCAGCAAAAUAUUCUGUUUGUUUUUGAAGAUCUCGUUCCCUCCAUGUCCUCCCCACGCCUCUUGUCGUGUUUCUCAAGGCUCUCCGGUGCCGGUGGGCUCAAGGCGUGACAGUCCCGGUUGGAAGCCGUAGGGGUUCCUCGCCGUGGCCGUGCCCAGGACGGCUGAGCUCCGCGGGCUCACCCGUGCCAGGAGCGUUUGGCCCCGGUGGCAGGGUGAGUGGGCGCCGUGUCCUGGCCAGUGCAGAAGCAAACAGGCCAGCCCUGCACUGAUCAGAGCCAGGGGCCAGAGCCCGCGGCCCCCCAGGGAGGGGAAUGGGGCUGUGGGGUGCAACAAGCUGUCCUUGCCGGGCGAGGCGUGAGCACGGCUGCCCGGAGUGGGGACGGCCCGGGAGCUGGGUGUUAGCAGGUGUCCAGGCGUAGGGCCAGCAAAACCUGGAGCAGGUACACGUGGGGCUAGGCUGGGCUCAGUGGGGCUGGUCUUGGGGGUGAGCUUGGGCUGCCGGGUGGGCGAGCCACAGAGUGACGGAAAAAUGAAUUGCUCCAGGCAUAGCUGGGAACAAACCAGCUGGAGGAUUUGAGAUCAAUUAUUCAUUUUCUAUAGGCACAGGAAGAAGGAGAUUUUAUAUGUAUCUAUAUAAAUAUGGGAAGUGGUAGUGCUGGCAACACAAAGCAUUUGAUCCUGACUUAGCGUCCUGCAGGUUCCAGGGCUUCCCCCCUCUUAAAGCUGAGACUGCUGUGGGAGUUGAUGUCAAGUACGCACAGAUCAGUUCGGCUGAUCUUUGUGUGGUUUCGGUGAGGUGGUGCCUUGGUGCUCGCAGGGCUCCCUUGUGCCCACGCACCCGCCUGUGGCGUCUGGGUUCUGCCAGAAGAACCGUUGGGUCUGCACGAGGACACGGGCAGAGGUUCAUACCCCGCGCUCAGCUGCAGACCUUACGCGGGUGUUUGUUGGUGAGGGUGAAAAUUUUACCAGCAAGAAAGGAAGCGAUACCUGUCCGGAGUGACCCCGAAGUGUGAGCUGGCUGUAGGGGGGAACCCUCCCGGCCGCACAUGCCAGCCUGUGGAGAGCAGGGCUGGGAUGUGGCCGCUCGGUGUCAUCUCUGCUGAGGCGCUGUUCUUAGGGGGAACACGCGGUGUCGGCAACGCGGAGCGAGGGUUGUGAAAUAGAGGCUCUGACCUGGGGAAAGCUGGGCUCAGGGAGAAAACUCAGCACUUCUGGGAUCAGGCUCUAGAACCAAUUCAGGUUUUAAGACGUUCACUCACACUCAAGUGCGGGUUGGGCAGAACCUCUGCUCCCCUGCUCACACUUCAUGUGGAAAUCAACGUUUUGCACAAGAUCCGCAGAUCUGGCUCCUCUUAGUUAUUUGUUGGUUCGUUUCUAAUGUUUUUCUUUUCCCACUCAACAUUUCCUGCAUCUUGCCCCCCAGCUCUGGCACCCAGCAAACAAACCCAGGGAACAAACAGGGCUCUGCCUCGGGAUUUCCAGCCGAGCGUGCGGUUCGGGGUGGAUCACCCCUCUUCCUCAGCAGCAGACUGCAGCUAAAACCUUGUCCUUCCCACCACUCCAGAUCAUUCCCCACCUCUUUUUAAUAUCACAAAUAUUUGGGCUAUAAAAUACGUGUGACAGAGUGGGAGAACGGGCGCUGGGUGUGUGUGUGUGUGCGCGUGUGUGUUCCCAGACUGACGUUCAGGGUGCACGGGAUUGCACGAUGAUUAAUAACUGUAGAAAAAUUAGACCAAAUGAAAUGCGCCCGGAUGGGCUUGAUUUAUGUGGCCUUCAAGUCUUCAGUUUUAGAUGAAAUGGUGAUUAUUCUCCAGUGCUACACACAAAAAAAAAAAAUAAAUAAAAGGUCUUAAACUUCAGAACUUCAGUAAUCACGGGCAGGCCAAGCCUGCUGGGAAGCACAAUGCUCGCUGCUGGUCGGGACGGCGCUGGGGGGGGGAGCGGGUGCCCAGGCGUGUGUGUGCACACUCGUGGGUGUUCACGGCGCCUCCCGCUGCUGCAGGGACCCCCUUCUGCUCCAUCGUCACGCUGCCCUCGUUGUGCAGGGUGGGUUGGUUUAACGGGGGCUCGGGGCUGUGCUGCGUGGCUUUUUGCUCUCAAGACUGGCUGGCAGGCUCGAGGUGCCGCGGCCUCUGUGGCAGAGGAGCCCCUGGGCGAUGGGGGGAGCUGCCCACCCUCCCCGCGGGGGUUGGCCUCAGUGCCCAGCGCUGCACAGGAAGGUCCCUUCCUCUCCCUCCUUGCCUCGCUGCUGCUCUCUGGACCCCAGCGCCCCACGGCGAGAACCGCGCCCCACCAAAGAGCCACGCUUCGGGCACCUCGUUCUGCCACUGUCAGGUGGCCACAGGGCCACCACCAGGCACAGGACCACCACGGGCAUGGGACCCUGCCUGCGGGCAGAGGGUGGAGGAACCUCGGCCAGGGGGAGACAGGCACGGGGGUGAUUAAAGCGCUGUGCCACGGUGGCCCUGUGGUUCACCUGUGGGUGCCCGUGGGUCGGGAAAGAGCAACCAAGCCUUCUCCCGCUGGUGGGGUCUGUACAGGCACCCAAAUGGUGAUUUUUCUCAUCACAGGAGGGUGAUGUGUUAACUCUGGGAGAGCUUUUCCCCAAAGUAAUGUCAUGCACACAUCCAUAUACAUCUACACCUAUAGAGAAGUACAGGUCCGUACACGGGCAGAUACAUCCGUGCGCCCCGGGGUGAGAGGCCCUUUGGGCCAGGUCGUUCCCCCCCGUCUGCAGGACGCGGCACCACUCGCUGUUAGAAGGGGCAGGAGAAAUUCCUGCAAGAGGUGGGUGCCCAAACGGCACCUCGGAGCAGCCCCCGGCUCGGCAGCACCAGGAAAAUGUGGCCAGUGCUCGGCACGUCGGGCACCUUCCCCCCUCCUCGGCUUCUCCCUGGGGCUGGGCAGGGGGGAGGCUGCAGCCCUCCUCUGCUCACCCACAGGAACAAGGCAACGAGGGAAAGAAGGGAGACAGCUGCAGUGCAGCGGGGGGACAAGAAAUGGGAAAAACAGAUUGUCGAGAAGGUAGCUGGGCUUUGAGCUUCAGAAAUAUUCAGCUCAAUUCUAUUUUGUUUCAGCGAGAGAACCCGUGUCUAUCCCCAGGACAUGUUUGGUCACUUAUCGGUGGCAAACCAAAAUGAAACUCGAUUAACGGAGGACUUUAUUCUUUCUAAAAUAUCUGGGGAGGAACUGUGCUUGGAGCUACUUUCCACGCAUAACAAAGACCAAAUAUAAGUUCUGUUGAAACUAAUUCGAAAACUCACAUUGACUUCAGUGGGACUGAGACUCCCCUAAAACACCUUUUUCUCAAGAAAAAUGGGCGCCUGCCUCAGUGAGGACGAGAGGAAGCCAUUAAGCUGCAACAAAAUUCCAAAGGCACUUAGGUUGCUCGCAGUGUUCAUCACUUCCACACGUGGCAAACAGGUCUGGUCGUUGGGUGACGGCCUUGCACAGCCAGGCUUUAAUUAUCGGGGGCUGCUCAACCUUGCUUAACCUUCGCGUAGGACGCGGGGCCGGCGGAGCGCGGCAGGUGGAUGAAGGGGCGAGCGCCUGGCCGGGGGGUGACCAGCCCCCCCGCAGCCCUGGGUGCAGGUGGGGCCCCGGGCACGGUCCUGGCUACGAGCGCUGCUGCCGCCUGGGCUCAGCUCAGCUGGACUCAGCUCAGCUGGGCUCGGCUCAGCUCCCAUCACAGCUACACAGAUCCCCGCUGGCCUUUACGCCUUUCGCGGCCAGAAAUAUGUUUUCCAAGGGGCCAAAUGCCUCGAGACAGACACUUGAGCAGGACUCAAAGUGUCAGGGGGAGACAGACGGAGAACAUUUGAGUUUACAUAGACCCGUGGGGACCAAUUAUUUUUUUUUCCCUAAAUAAUCUGCACACACCCAAUAGAGGCUUCACAGCACUCUGGAGAACGUUUUGGGGUUUUAAUUCUAGUUUUGUGAGUCUGUUUAUUAAUUUUCUUUGCAAAGCCGUGGGCUGAAGGAGAAAACAAGGUUGAUUUUUAUUGGCAAUGACCAUAACGUAACCGAGACCUUCAGCCGUAUCUCACACUGCGCUCCUAGCCCCAGAAAGGCUGGAGGAAUCUUUCCGAUGUCUUACCCUGCCCUGAAGCCCUUUCCACCAUUGCGAGUAUGCACGUGGACUUGACUUUCAGAGUACUUUAUGCAUAAGGCCCCAUGUAUAUCAUGGUACAAAAUAAUUGUCCAGUCUUAUGGAUAGCUUAUGCCCCAACGGGGUUUUGUAGAUUAAUAGAAAAAGAACAAAAAAGCACUUUUAAAUUAUUUAUAUUAUAAAAAGA